AUGGGUAACAGAAUUUGUAUGACGUAUCUCAAAGUCGAAUUUUCAUUUUUGCGUCAUGGGAUGCAACUAAAAUCAAACGUCACUGUUCGCAUUAACACUUCUCUCCACAUUACACCUAUACCCAUCACCAUACAUCUUCUGACAAUGAGCUCAGCAUCAUAUCGUGAGAAAUGCAACGAGGUAACUCAAGUAGCCAAUUCUGAAGAAAACAAACAAGAAGCGGACAAUGUCCCAGCACAAACCAUAAAUCAUGAUUCUAAAGUCAAUCAAUAUGGUAUAGAAAGUCAACCACCACCAACAUCCCUAGACCAAAUGGAUAGAGUUCAAAUUCAAGAAAUGCAAAAGUUGGCCAGUCAACUGGCUGGAGGCAAUAUAAAAAAUUUGGAAAAUGGUGGAGAUAGUCGGGGUGAAAGUUUAUCUCAUCUAAAUAAUGAAGAGAAUGAUCGAAAACUCGGUGGCAACGGUAUUCGAUACGUGACCAGUGAUGACACUGACAAAAAUAAUCAAAAUCUACGAAAGUAA